GCUUCGUGGCGCAAUUCAAAACGCUGUGUUUCCUCCAUAUAAGUAAACUGUUUGAUGCUUGUCUCUAAAACCCCAGGCCUUGGGUUUUGGCGGCUACCCUUUCUCCAAGCACCCUCUAGCUCUCCUGCCCCCACCUUUUUUCUUGAUCUUUCCCCCAAAAUCCCCACCUCUUAAAUUCUCCUCCUGCUUUAAAUUCUAGAUUUUCUCUUUCUUUUUUCUUUGCCUUUCUCUAUCUGCAGCUCAUCGACAUCUUCAUGGCAGCUGUUUCUUCUCCUUCUGAUCGUAUCCUUACUAACUUCCUUCUUCUAGAGGUUGCAGAUGUGAUGGAGAAUUUGUCAUUAGAUUCUCAGACCAACACUGCUGAAAUUCCUGAACCUACAAAGAAGCGCAUGUAUGGCAUUAAUGAAGCUGUUAUAUCCCAUCAAGGCUAUGGUUAUGCUCCUUUUGGAGCAUAUCCUUCACCAAGUUCUACUGUACCUGCAGCAGGAAAUGAUGGCCAGCCAUAUGGAACAGAACAGUAUUCAUACCCUAUUCCUUUUUACCAGGCGCCAACUUCAACUGGCACACUUUAUUCGCCUAACUCAGCUAGUGCUUCCCAAGCAGAGGUUCCAACUUCUGCUGCAGCUGAUAAAGGGGUUUUGUCUGUUGGGACUGCUGCAGCAAACACCAAUAAUACAGUGAAUACUGGGAGUGUAAAUAGAAUUAAUGGACCAAAACCGUUCAGAUCAAGUAAUCAAAAUUCAUCUUCAAGUUUAAAUGUUCCCUAUAAUAGGGGAGGUUUACCAACAGGAUUUCCUUCUCUUGGUUAUCAAUAUCAAGACCCAAGGUAUGGAUGCGAUGUGUUUCAGUCACCAUUCCCAUGGUUAGAUGCCUCUUUGUUUCCUAAUGGAUCUCCUGGACAUGCAAUUAGCACUGGGUUCUCUUCACCACUGAAUUUGCACCCUCAGGCUACAAGACCAAUGUCUGAUUUGGGCCAAGCUUCUGGACUCAUGAACGUGUACCCAAACAACAGAAUGUAUGGCCAAUAUGGAUACAGAGCUGGUGCAGGUUUUAGAUCCUUUGGUGGUAAUUCAUGGACAAAUGGACAUGGAUGGGUGGUUGUUGAUAAUAAGUACAAACCUAGGGGCCGUGGCUAUGGCAAUGAGAAUUUGGAAGGUUUAAGUGAGUUGAACAGAGGACCUAGGGCCAAGGGCUUUAAUAACCAAACAGAGUUGGGGCCUGUUCCUCAAUCAGUCCAGGGGCAAAACCUGUCACUUACUGAGGAUAACAAGGAGGAUGGUUUGCAUCAAAUGCCAGACAAGGAGCAGUACAACAGGGAGGAUUUUCCUGAGGAUUACUCUGAUGCAAAAUUUUUUAUUAUUAAGUCAUACAGUGAGGAUGAUGUUCAUAAAUGUAUCAAGUAUGGUGUGUGGGCAAGCACACCUAACGGAAAUAAGAAGCUGGAUGCAGCUUACCAUGAAGCCAAAGAAACUCCUGGCAGCUGUCCUGUAUUUCUACUAUUCUCUGUCAAUGCCAGUGGGCAAUUUGUUGGUUUGGCAGAGAUGAUAGGGGCAGUUGAUUUUAACAAAACAGUCGGGUAUUGGCAACAGGAGAAGUGGAUUGGCUGCUUUCCUGUCAAGUGGCAUUUUAUUAAGGAUGUACCAAAUAGUUCUUUGAGGCACAUAACUCUUGAAAAUAAUGAGAACAAGCCUGUCACUAAUAGUAGGGACACACAAGAGGUUAUGUUGGACAAAGGUAUUCAGAUACUUAAAAUUUUCAAAGGUCAUAAAGGCAAGACAUCCAUCCUGGAUGAUUUUGGGUUUUAUGCGGCUCGUGAAAGGAUUAUGCAGGAGAAAAGGGCAAAGCAAAAGAUUCAAAAACAGGUUGUUGAGGGGAAACCUGGCGAUGACUCGGUUGCCAAUAAAGCGAGGCUUAUAAUAAUGGAAAAAGAGAGUCCACAAAAAUCUUUCAAUAGUGUAUUGAAGGAACCAGUGGGUGCAGCAGCAAUCGAACUAGGGAAGUUGAAUGGGGAUGUGAAGCUGCUACAAGAAGAUGGAUUGCAUGUAGCAAUUGGGAACUCUGCCGAGUCUGAUGCGUCAUCUGAAAAAAGAGUUGCUCCUCAUGUGGUUGCAAGUGCCUGCUAAUUGCCAUUUGAUUUUUAGGGUAGAUUUUUAGUUGUGUUGAGUUUGCUAAUUCCUGUCAGCACUCACAUGGGUUAGCUAUACCUUUUUGGAUGGAUUCAUGCUGUGUAUCAGAAUGACUUGUGUGCUAUUCUAUAGCUUUGUUAAGGCAAAAUGGCAUUUCAGAACCUCUAAAUAUUUAAACCA